CAAACUGCCAAAGCGUCCAGGAAAACUGUAUUCUGAUAAAUUAUCACUGAAGGAGGAUUGUCCAAGUCUAAUUGUCGUCAGAAGUGAAUGAAUAGCGUGUUUCAGCAGUGGAGAAGGCACAGGACAGUGCAUAGGGCUUAUAUGUGUGUGUACUGAGCAGCGGCAGGAGGAGGAGUGUGACUGUGUAAUUACGUGGGUGAAAAAAAAAAGAAAAGUUGGGUCUGAUUUGCUGGAAUCGCGCAGGAGCGAAGGUGCACCGGUUGACUUCAUAUCAACUUAGUCUAAAGAAGGGCUGAACAUCAGAGACUCGGCGCCCUCUGAAGCUAUUCACCAUGCUUUUAUGAACGACGUAUCACUCCACGGAGACGCGCUACGAGCCCAUACGUAACACAGGAGUACGCAGCGUUUGCACCGGCCACCACGAGCAGUUGUACAUCUGCAAGUGCUUACACUGUGUUCCCUGUCCUCUGCUUUAUUUCUCCCUUCUCUGCGGAGACGACAAUCUUUGGAUCUCGGAAAACUCACGGAUGUUCUUGGAUACCCCUUUUGCUCCUCGCUGUUUUACGCGGAUAGCUCCAUAGUCUUGAACGGUGCACUCUGGUCCUGGAAUGGCGCGAUAAAGUGAUCAGGGAGAAAUCAAUUGAAGAAGUAAUUUACCGUCCCUGACCGUAGCCGCCUCAUCAUGUAUUCUCCUAUUUGUCUUACUCAGGAUGAAUUUCAUCCCUUCAUUGAGGCCCUUCUCCCUCAUGUUCGUGCCAUUGCCUACACAUGGUUCAACCUCCAGGCCAGAAAACGCAAGUACUUCAAGAAGCACGAGAAGCGGAUGUCCAAGGAUGAGGAGCGCGCGGUGAAGGAUGAGCUCCUGUGUGAGAAGCCUGAGGUGAAACAGAAGUGGGCGUCCCGGCUGCUGGCCAAGCUGCGAAAGGACAUUCGGCAGGAGUACCGCGAGGACUUUGUCCUCAGUGUGACGGGGAAGAAAGGCCCGUGCUGCGUGCUCUCCAACCCCGACCAGAAGGGCAAGAUCCGCCGCAUCGACUGCCUCCGCCAGGCCGACAAAGUGUGGCGUCUGGACCUGGUGAUGGUCAUCCUCUUCAAAGGCAUCCCUCUGGAAAGUACAGACGGAGAGCGCCUGGUCAAAUCCCCCCAUUGCACCAACCCAGCACUUUGUGUCCAGCCGCACCACAUCACAGUAUCGGUCAAAGAGCUGGACUUGUUCCUGGCAUACUAUGUGCAGGACCAAGACUCGCAGCAGUCAGGAAGUCCCAGUAACAAUGAGCCAGGCAAGAACCCUCUUCCAGUGUACUUGGAGGACAGCUUCAUCAAAUCUGGCGUUUUCAGUGUUUCCGAGCUGGUGCGGGUAUCUAGAAUGCCCAUCACCCACGGCGCAGCGGUAAACUUCUCCAUGGAUAUGCCGAGCCAACCGUACUACCACGACCUGAACUCCAGUGUGGGGCUGCAUCGCUCCCUCUCCUCCCCUCCCGGCAGCAAAAGGCCUAAAACGGUGAACAUGGAUGAGAACAUGGACACCAGCCCGACCGGUCCAGACUUCUACUCCUCGCCGAGUUCACCUGCCAGCAGCCGCGCCAACUGGCACGACCGUGACGGAGAAACAAGAGAUCCUCCUUGUGAACGGGCCCCAUCGAGACUGUACAGCUCCAGCUCCUUCAACAGCAACUAUAUUCUACAUACAACAGACAUGUCCUCUCCCACCAUGAAGAAGCAGGAGAAGCUGUUCAGCCCCACCUCUCCGCAGGACUCUUCACCACGACUCAGCACUUUCCCUCAGAGCCAUCACCCCGGACUAACAGGUGUCGGACACAGUGUUAUAUCGACGAGGAGCCCUCCGCCGCACUCGCCUCUGCAGUUUUCGGCUCCCACCAUUUUGCCCCCUGCUCCGUCACCGUAUUUCUCCCACCCAACGAUCCGAUACCCGCCCCACCUCAACCCAGGAGACCCCCUCAAAAGCUAUGUCCCGUCAUAUGACCCCUCCAGCCCACAGAGCAGCCAGCCCAAUAGCAGUGGUCAGGUGGUUGGAAAGGUCCCAGGACACUUCACCCCUGUGCUGGCCCCCUCCCCUCACCACGGCGCAGUCCGACCUGUCUCCCUGUCCAUGCCUGACACCAAGCCACCCAUCACCACAUCCACAGAAGGCUACUCCGCCCCUGGCACGCCCACAGCCAACCGAUUUGUGGGCCUGAGCCCUCGAGACCCCGCCUUCCUCCACCAGCAGCAGCUGAGGAAGUGUGACUGGAGCGUGACUCAAAACGGCAGGCAUUAUGGCCCCAGUGCCACAGAGGACACUUUGGGGAUUACUUGGCAAAGCAGUCCUGGUACCUGGGCGAGCUUAGUUCCAUUCCAAGUGUCGAACGGGACUCCGAUUCUGCCAACAAAUGUCCACCAGAACUACAGCAUAAACAUCAUUGGUGAGCCACUGGUCCAGGCUGAAACCGGGAACUGAGUCCAUUUCACAGAGGCUGGAUUAGGACCCCCCCUCCCCCUUUCAGAUGGUGGACAUGUCGACCCGAGAUGGUGGAGGUUUGGGGGGAUGUUUUUUGUUUUUUGUUUUUCUUUUGGGUGGUGCAUCGCAAGCACUACAGGUGUCUUCAGCCAUGGAUGAAACCAGCAAGCAGUAUAUCCACGCUGCACAAUCUAAACCCCCCUCCCCUGUAUUUUCCUCCUGUGACCCCGCCCCCCAGAGAGCCCCUGUGAUUGGACGUUGGCCGAGAAGACGAGAGCUGAAGCAGGACGGAGGGAGAAUCAUAGGCUUCAGGUCUGCUGUCUCCAGCCCACUCCAAACUCCACCAACCACCAGUCAGUCGUUGUGUGCAGGACUUUCAAAUCCAUUCAAAUACUGUGAUGUAUAGAUGCCUUAAUGUUUUAUUGCAUGACACUCUAGUCUCUUAGUGGUAAUCUUUUCCAUGUUGAGGGAUGUUCAUUGACACACGUGAAGGGGUGGGUACAACCUCUGGCUGGUGGACGAGACUCUACACUGUCUCACUGUGUACCCCAUAGGAACAAACAUGUGAAUUCAGAGUGUUUCUUCUUCCGUUUGAUUUCAGUUUACUGUGAUACGACUCUUUGUUCAGACAAAUGUGUUGACUUGUUUAUUCUUUACUUCAAUAAUUAAUGUAAACACAGAAAGAGUUGAGAACUCUUUAUGCGGUUUUCAAAAAACACUAAAUGCUCGGCCUGAGAUUGAACCCCUCAUAAAAGAAUUUGCGACUCCUUUUCAAAAGGACUUAAAAGCGAAAAUAAGGAAAAGAGGCAAGUGCAAUUGAAUUUUUGAAGGGAAGCUAUCAGUCUGUCAGCCCUAAGACUCUAAAACAAAGGGGAUAAUUAUUGAAUUGUAAAUUGUUUAAAUAAACAUACAAACUCAAAAUUCAGUCACCUGUCCGUGUGCUCAAAGGAGGAAACAUCAAGGCCGUUGAAGGCAGGCACUAAGCUACCUGUUCAGCAGCACUUCUUUAAUGCUUCCCAUCAGAAUGGGGAGCUCUUAUUUAUUUUUGAGGAAAAUGACAAAAUAGUAAAGAACUGAAACACAGCGUGUGUAAAAACGACUUCACUUUUGAUGCUACGAUAAGAUCAAGAGCAUAUGCAUUUGGCCAUCAGCUUCUAAAGCUUAUGUUUACAGAAUAUAAUAUGGAAUGCAAAGUAUUAAUCAUGGACAAUUCAUGCAAAUGUACAGUAAGCUUAUGUGAAAAGCUGCGGUGUGUGCAAGGUCACCCACAGUGGAAGAGGUUUCAAACUGAAACGGUUAUGAACCAGGUGGUGGCAAAUCCCUGAAAUCCAGAAUUGUGCACGGCAUGUUCACAGCCAUUGCCUCUCCAAUCCUGACGUAUUUAUACAGGAAAUCUCUCCAAUAUCUCUUAAUUUGCACGAUGACAUAUAGUCCACAUUACGUGCCUUGCCUUUGAAUAUAGAGACAUCACUACACUUGUUUUUGCUGCAUUUAUCAUUAUAGAAAAAUUAACAUUUUUAUGAUAAGAAUUGUUUUGUACUCUGAAUGAAAUUGUUGAUUUUUAACUUCAUGUACUACUCUAUCUCACAGUUACAUUGCAUAUCAAGGCUGUGUAUAGUUGCCGUUUUAAAGUUUGUAAUCAACCAGCAUUUUUUCAGUAUUUUGGUGGUUUUUCUAAUAACCUGUCAUCUUUUUGUUUUCCUUUUAUUUUCAAUUCUCAUUUCGUUCAUCUUCCAGUUACUAUUGUGGAGGGUGGACUCAGAAUUAUGAAAAUUAUGCAAUACCAAGUUUUGCCUAUGUAGGUAGUGCUUAUAGAUGCGUCAUUAUUAGAGGCUAGUUUGGAGAUAGACAAUAUUGUAAUGCAUUUAUUUUGUUGAUAUUGUUGUUUGUCAUUGUUGAUGUUGAUGAUGUUGUUGUUGCCGUGGGUGAUUUUUCCUUUUUUAUUGACCAAAGUGGGGACUGCUUUCUAUGCAGUAUAUGACAAGGUCUUUUUAAUUUUUAACAAAUCAGCCUACCGAAUGGCGGCGAGCCCAUGAAUUUGAAUUUGAGAGGGAAUUUUAUUUAAUUUUUAGUAUUAAUUGUUCAAAAUGUACCCUUGGUCUUACUAUGGCUGCAAAGUCACUGAUUGGUCUACUGUGACACUUCCUCUAACUCUCCACUUGGGGUGCUAGCUCGCAACAUUGACUCAUUUAUCACAGGAGAGACAGCUUGACUUGAGUUUGACAAUCAUUUUGAGAAUCGUUUUGAUAUAUUUUUAGCUUUUAUUUUCGCCUGUUCUCUAAUUUUGUUCCCUAUAAGGAUGGAAGACUAUCGCCGUUCAAUUUCGCGAAUGCAAUUUCCCAAGUAGAUGCCUUAAACACAACAGAGAAGUGGCCUGUGAUAUGCGCAACAAUCACGCACCACCUACUGCUGAGCGCUGUCCGAAUCAACUACAGACAGGCUCAGGCACGCCUUCAGAAAAAAAGUAUUUUAUAAGUAUUAAAUUUGUAUAAAUGUAAAUAUGAUAUGCACAUUACUGUAUGUCAAAUCCUUCCCCAGCAAGAAUAGAUGCUUAAAUAGAACCCAGUAGAAUGAAAAACAUAGCACUUAAAUAUAGCACAUAGGCAAUCAUCUUCUCCCCGUUAUGACAGUGUUCAACAAUAAGUGGUAACAUUUUAGAAUAACUUGCACUAUUUGGUAUAACACUGCAAUUUUAAGUCAGGUGCUCUGCCUUUUCUUUUGCCAUCGUCCAUUUACUUUUACUAGGCUAGGCUCUGGUGGUGAAGUGUAUUGCCCAAAGGCAGUAGGUCAACCCCCAGCUGUUUUCUUCCUCUUUCUAAAAUUGAGGGUUUUACUUUGUGUUUGCAAAAAAGCAUGUUUGUUAAUCAACUUUUUAAAAAUUAUCUUGUUUAUCUAUUAGAUGCCUUUAAGUUGCAUUGAUACCUGUUGCGAUUUGGUGUGUUGCCCAAGGACACAUCAACAGUAUGUAUUAAAUCAGAACGGGAAUCUAACUAUCAAUGUUUUUAACCUAUUGACCCAUUUCACCCUUAUACUACACACUUUUGCAGUAUUGUGGAGUUAUUCUAAACUGUUACCGACCAACCUCUCAGGCGUACAGCAGGGCAUUAUUUCUUAUCUCAAUCAAGUUUAAUGUGAAAUUUCCUUGUCGUCUUUUUUGCACUCUUUCCCUACAAUCGUGAAAGACAAACCCUCGGAGAACUGGCGGCGUGUCUCCAAGUGCUAUCAAGAGGGCUACUAUACGAAGCAGGAAGUAAAAAAAAUUUUAUUCCCUCAAGUCAAGCUCCAUCUCUCCAACUUCACCCUUAUGUAGAAAAAAUUCUAGAAAAAGCCACCCCGUACUAUGUGCACUGUUUUUGAAAUUUCUUUUUUGAUUAUUAUUUUUUUUCUUGUGGAUUAAAAAUUUGUAAGUGCUUUGCAGCCUAUGGCCAUUGGAGACCCCACUGAAGUGCAUUGUCCCCGAGUGUGUGUGUGUGUGUGAAUGCGUGUGUGAUAUGUGUCAGGGUCACUGUGUAUCUGAAUAGGAGACUGUACAUAAGGGUAAAAUCCUGGCUGAUGGCAGUAGAAGUGGCAGCUUGGUGUAUGUGUGAGCUAGAGUGCCUCGGACACUAAACGUAAAAAUGAGGGUCUUUCUAUUAGAAAUAAAAAAAAAAUAUCCUGUAAUAUCAAAGACAGGAGUUUGUACACUGUAAAACUUUAUCUCUUAAGCCCUUAUUUGUAAAUCUUCAGUUUUUGGGGAAAAUUAGUCAAUUCCAUUUUAGGAAAUUUUGUGUUUUUUCGGAGGCUGGAUUUGAGUUAGAACUCUCCAGAUUUCCCUAAAUAUUAUUAGAGUCUAAAGUGUUUUUGUUGUAUUUGUAAAAUCAGAAAGCAAGGGGAAUCUUUAGAAAUCAGUAAAAAAAACAGCAACCAUGAAGGCUUUUUUAAUUAUUGCUAUUAUUAUUUCUGAACCUAGUGCUUAGAUAUUUCCAUGUGGGAAUCAUAAGUAUUUGAAUUGUUGUUCUUUCAUUAGUGUGGCCAUAGCGAGUGAUGUGAUUUACGCAUUUUGUUUAUUUUUAUUUUUGGAAAUGGGUGUGAUGAAUUCUUGUCCAACAAGAUCUUUUGUGGUGUGAGUGUGUUCUUGUAGCAGCUGGGAGGUGUCACGUCACUUAACCAGUAGAAAGGCCCCAGAUUGCACCUGGAAAAAAAGAAAAUUAAAAAAAUACGUGAAGCAGGGUAAAAACUGCAGUGACAAACGUCCUUGAUAAAUUUCUUUUUUGUAAUUUUUAUUUUUAUCAAAUCUAUUGCAACUUGACUGGUGCUACGCCUAGUUUCGGAUGUAACUCGCCAACAUUGAGCCCGAUUUGGUCUUAAGAAAUGUCACUCAAAAUUAUCAGUAAAUGCUGAUUUUGCACUUUCCGUAAAUCGCCGGAUUUGAACACUUUGUUUGCAGGUGCUUGGGAAUAGGGUACUGUACCUUCCAGCUGGUAGUAUGUGUCAAGCAAAUACUACACAGGUGUGAAUGCAGAAAGAGGCUGUAGAAACGUUAAAUCAGUGUUCCACCUAUCAACAUCUUUCUAGAGCCUCAUGAUGACAACAUUAUUUUCUUUUAAAAAGUAUUAUAAUGUCAAACAGGACAACUUUAUGCAAGGAGGACCUGUGGCACUCAUGCAAUAUGUAUGAAAAAAUGUCUACAUGCAGACUUUAAAUUGCUUUUUUGUUUUUCCUUUUCUUUGUACAUCGAGCAAUACACUCACACUUGUUCCAUACUUCUUUGGCUAGCUGCUAGUCACUUGGCAUCAGGUUGUUCCUAAAAACAUGAAAACCAGCAUUUUUACAGGAUGUAACAUUCACCAAAAGAAGACAAAAAAGAUAGCAAUGCAGUGCCUGUCCAAGCUGUCCAAGUGUCUGUUGUAUAUACUUGUAAAAUGUGAUAAUUAACUUUCAUAUGUGACAAGAACAUGGCAUCAUGCAGAACCCAAUGUGGCAUCUGGAAAUUUGCUUUUGUUAUUGUUCAUUUUGUGAUUUUAUUUUGAGAAAACAUGUCCGCACACAAUGCCCACAUCAAGCUUGCUUAAAAUUGUACUUCUGUUCAAGGGGAUAUGAGUUAAUGCUACAUGAUAAUGCUAACAGCGCAGUGAAAGGUGGAAAUAAUGUUUUUUUUUUCUUUUUUUUAAAUAGAAAAAGUCACAGUUUUUUUUUUUUUCUGCAGGGCUGACUUUGGUUUUAUUCGGGGUCUUGUGGCACUUUUACUUCCCUCUGCGCACACGUGUAUUUAUGAUGCAAGGUGGAUAUGUACAACAACAACAACAACAACUAAACAAUAUGUAAACUGUCUCCAGUAGUGAUUGUAGUAACACUGCAAGUGUGUGCAAAGGUCUAUGUAUGUAUCUGAAUGUACGUUUUAGAUGACUUUUUUGGGAAACUUUUUUUUUGUUUUGUUUUUAUCUUAUCAUUUACAGUUUAGGAGCCGCAGGUGUCCAAUGUGAACUGUACUAUAGUGAAGGCCUUGAUAUCCCUUCUUCUUUUAUUGAUUUUAGAAACGCCAAGCUAAUAUGGGCAAGCGCCUCCAAGCUGGUUACAUUUGGUGCAGGGGCUAAAAUUGCCACAAGAUUAAAGUCAAUGUAAAUAAUGGCUCAACUUUUUGUGAUUGUUACUGUUAUAUCCAGCCUAUACUGCUAGCAGCUGUUUUUACUGCAGUCAAUUACUGGAAGUGGAUAUAUUUCCUAUGCAAAACUGUUUAAACAAUAAAAUGAGCUAUGCUACAGA